UGUAGUUUUUCUCAACACAAAUGAUGUACUUCAUGAAAACGGAGAAAAUCAUAGCCCUUGAUCACACAUCAUCCUAGUGGUCCCUUCCACCAUAUAUCAAUUCCCUACGUUGAUCUCUCUCUCUCUCUCUCUCUCUCUCUCUCUCUCUCUCUCUCUAACCUCGUUUAAAUGCUGUGAAGAAACUCCUAAAAGUUGGAAGUUCUGGCAAGAGUACAGCAUCAAUUUCAAUAUAGAGCAAAUAAUUUGUUUAUAUUAUGGACAUCAGCCAUCAGGAGUGGAUCACAAACCCGUCCAUCUGUAAGCCUAACGUGGAAAUGGAAGACUUUCCCUUUGACACAAUAUGGCCUAACUUUCAUACGAAUCUCUCUUCGUUACACGUUCCCACGGGGAAUUUGAAACUCGAAACCGAAGAAGAACAAGAACCAGAAGAAGAACUCAGCGCCAUGAAGGAGACGAUGUAUAAAAUUGCAGCCAUGCAACCAGUGGACAUUGAUCCAGCUACAGUUCGGAGGCCUAAAAGGCGAAAUGUUCGAAUAAGCGAUGAUCCACAAAGUGUCGCAGCCAGGCACCGCCGGGAGAGGAUAAGCGAGAAAAGCCGAAUUCUGCAGAGGCUUGUGCCUGGAGGAACAAAAUUGGAUACUGCGUCUAUGUUGGAUGAAGCCAUUAGGUAUGUGAAGUUCUUGAAAAGGCAAAUUCGUCAGCUGCAGCAAACAGGAAAUCAAGUGGCGCCGCCGUGUCUAGGAGAUGCAACAGGCUCUUCUGUUGCCGGAGACUGGGCGGUGGCCACCUCGUCUAGCAAAAGUCCUGGGUCUUUUGCCGUUUCUCCCUUGGCAGGAUGUGCAUACAUAUUUGGAGGUCAUGGGGCAGAUGAUCCCCAUCCACACUUGCAUUAGCAAUAAGGUAAUUAAUGAGGAAUUGAAGUGUGUAAUAAUCGAAAAUAUUGUUGUUAGAAUUGAAUGAAUUUGUUUUUAAAAGAGACCGAGUUUCACAAUUCAAGCUUUAACUUAGAAAUAUGAGACGCUUUUUUGUCAUUGCAUUCUACUCUUCCUUCG